AUGUGUGUAUCUCGGCUGGUUUUGCUGCUUGGGCUGCUUCUAUGUGUGGGAGCUCAGCUGUCUGACGCCCAGCACUGGUCCCAUGGCUGGUACCCUGGGGGCAAAAGGGAGCUGGACUCUUUUGGGACGUCAGAGAUUUCAGAGGAGAUUAAGCUGUGUGAGGCAGGAGAAUGCAGCUUCUUGAGACCCCAGAGGAGGAGUAUUCUGAGAAACAUAAUUUUGGAUGCCUUAGCCAGAGAGCUCCAGAAAAGAAAGUGA